AUGUCAUGUUCAAAAAUAUUUUCAGGAGAUUUACCUGAAUUAAUAUAUGAAAUCAUCAAAAAUUUUCAGAAUGAUUAUUCAACCUUAUAUUCAUGCGUUUUAAUUAAUAGAUUAUGGUGUCGUUUAGCGAUUCCAUUAUUAUGGGAAAAUCCAUUUUCAUAUUUUACCAAUAAUUAUAAUUUUAUUGAAGUUUACUUACAAAAUUUGAACGAUGAUUUAAAAACAAAAAUAAAUGAAUAUCAAAUUAUUGAUUAUUUAUUACCUUCGAAUAAAGUACUUUUCAAUUACCCUAGUUUUAUAAGAUAUUUGAAUAUAUAUAAAAUCAUUAUUUCUAUUGAGAGAUGGUUAAAAUCUAAUUAUAAAACUUCAACAACACCCGAAUUCAAAAUAUUAAUUAAUAUCUCAUUAAUUAAAUCAUUUAUUGAAAAUAAAGUAAAUUUACAUACUUUUGAAAUUGAGAUAAUCUGUUAUAAUAAUUAUGAUGAUAAAAUUUAUGAUAAUAUUCUUGAGAUAAUUUUACAAGAUUCAAAUUUCAUUAACAAUAUUAAAAAUUUAAAAUUUUCUAUUUUAAGUUCUAAUACGUUAAUUGAACAUAUAUCACAAAUAACUAGUUCACAACAAAAUCUUAAAAGAAUUUUAUUAGGUUAUUAUAAUUUAUAUUUAUAUCAAUCAUUAUUAUUAUCAAAAGAAUUUAAUUGUUCAAAUACCUUAAAUACAAUCAUUUUCUAUUAUGUCGAUUUUAAAGGUAUAAAUAAUUUAGUUGAAAUAUUUGAAAAAUUAAAUGUUUUAGAAUCUGUUCAUAUCAUUUAUUGUAUUUCUUUAGAUAGUUUUAUUCAACAAAUUAUUAACUUAACAAAACCAUUUAAAUUGAAAUCUUUAUAUCUAUACAGAAAAUGGAAUAUUAAUCCAUUACAAUUAUUAUUACAAUUAUUACAAAAAUGUGGUAAUUAUUUAGAAAAUUUAGGAUGUAAUUUUAAUUAUAGUCCGUCAUUAAGACAAUUAUUAGAAUUAAUUACAAAAUAUUGCAGAAAUAUCAAAGUUCUUAGUUUAUUUGGGGUUGAAGCUCACAUUAUUCCUACAUUAUUUGAUUUAAUUGAAAAUGUUAAACAAAAUCUCAAUUAUCUUUCAAUUGAUAUAAAAGGUUUUCGAGCAGAUUAUAAUGUCAAGUUAUUAAUAUUACAAAAUUUAGGAAAAGCACUUCCUUCUAAACUUGAAUAUUUAGGUUUGUUUAUUUACGUUAAAGCAAAUGACUUUGAAGUAUUCUUAAAAAAUUCUCAUGAUACUUUCUCUAAGAAAUUAGUAAUUAAUAAUUUGGAAGAAAAUGGUGAUAUUUUACCUUAUAUAAAAGAACAUAUCAUGAAGAAGAAGAGAGUAAAAUAUUUGGCUAUUAAAGAUAAUUUCAAUGGGAAAAGUAUAAAUUUGUUUAAUAAAAAAGAUGAAGUGAAGGAAUUUAAUUUAUAUAAUAUUAAAGUUCUAAAUUAUGAUAAUUUAUACUUUGAUAUUUAUAGAUAUGUAAAUGAAAUUGAUUAA